AAAAACAAGAUAAUAACAGUUCCAGUGGAAUUUCGGAAGCUCCAACACACUUCAAUUCAAAAUGAACAUCCCCCGAAGGUUACUCAACCCGCCGCCGAAAACAACAAUGAUUCUGAUGAGUCAGCUUCGGAUGAAGAAUCUGAAAGUGAGUAUAAAGAAGAAGAGCUAGAGGAAAGACUCUUCAGUUUUUUAGAAGAAGAAAAGCAACGGCCUGCAACUCCGAGAAAUGAAGAUUCAAAUGAUGAAUCGGUGGUCUCCCAAUAUAAUGAACAACCCAAAGGUGUAGAGUCACAUAAAGCAUAUGGAACCUGUGCAGUGAUGAUAAUUACGGACGAGAAGAGGAUGAAGACCUCUUUGAUUCCGAUAAUGGUUCCUCUGGAAAUGAAGACGAGCUCACUGACUCGGAAAAUGAUGAAGGAAUUUUAUCUCAAUGAACAAGAAGAGCCCUCCUAUGAGUUGGAUAUAGGAAAGCUUGAUGAUGACAACCAUGAUAAGAUAGAGAAGUUAUUAAUGGGUUAUAAACUCAUGAAUAAUAUUAUGGGAAGAAUUAAUAUGUUGUUAGGAGAUUUGCCUGUGGCGCAAAGGGAAGCCAGAGAAAAGACUACUAAGGCCCAACAGGAAAAUUGGAAGAAAGAUAGGAAGGUCCCUUUUUUAUUCACGACGUUCUUGGAAAAGCCUGAAGGUGAUUCAGAACCAGAUCGUCCCUCGCAGGAGCUCAGAAAUUCAGAAAGAGA